CACGCAGACCUCAGGUGCACCUGCUUUGCCUUCGUCCAUAUUAAGAGUAUUCUACUCCUAUAAAUCAUCCGAUGCCAUGUCCUCUUCAGCUUGCUCGUCUCGUUUACCACUGAGCCCUAUUUCAUCCCGCCCGUGAGCUCUCGGGAGUGCAGUGCAAUCAUUGUGGCGGAUUCAUUGUCCGUAUCUAGCUAGACACGUCACUUCGACAUCGUACAAAAAUACUUCAACAUGCCACAGACCGAUGCUCUAUCAGGCACUCGUGUCACUGUCCUACUAGCAACAAACAUCCACUGUGCAUCAUGUGUCACCUUCGUCAAGGAGACGCUCUAUUCCUGCCCGUCAAUCAAACAUGUCGACGUCACGAUCCUCACGCAGGAGGUGCGUGUUACGCACACCCCAGAUAUCAUCGCCUCGCAGCUGGCGCGGAUGUUGAUUGAUGCUGCUUUUGAAGUCCAGCUGGCAACUACCCCGAACGAGGCUGGCGUUGUCCUGGAUAUGGUCGACACGUCUUCCUGGAAUACAUACCCCAAGGAUGUGAUGCCGUCGCUGUUCUCGGCUGGUUCAUCCAGCAAGGCCAAGCGCGAACGAGAGUUGUAUGAAAUGCAACGAAGCAGGCACAUUGAAAAUUGUGAGGCGUGUCAAAAGGAGCUUUUCGGGAAAGAGAAAGAAAAACUCCAUGAGCUUGACGAAAAAUCGAUAUUAGACUCAGUAGUGGUGGACAACCCAGGACGGCAGUUUUCUGAAUUGUUCGAUGCCCGCAUCAGUAUCUCUGGAAUGACAUGUGCAGCGUGCACCAAUACAGUUACAGAUGCCCUAGAGCAGUUGCCUUUUGUUAAAGAGGUCAUAGUGACCUUGUUAACAAAUAGUGCGACACUAACUUACUCUGGUCCAAAAGAGAACAUUGAUAAGGUGGUUGAGGAAGUUGAAAGUGUUGGGUUCGAAGCUGCGAUUGAUACCGUUGAGAAAGUCACCAUAUCAGACCCAUUAGAAUUCGAGGCUCAAUUUAGUAUUGGCGGCAUGACAUGCGGUUCUUGCGUGAACUCGAUUACUCACCACGUCAAGCAGCUAGAGCCUGUAAAGGAUGCCACCGUUAAUUUGGUGACUAAUAGCGCCAAUGUCAUUUUCACUGGCACGCAGUCGUAUGCCGAGAAAGUACGCGACGAAAUCGAGUCUCUCGGCUACGAGGCUUCCCUAGAAAAAGUCACCCAACAAACAAAGCUUUUGAAAAAUACUCCUGCUUUCGAUCGAUACGUUGCAAACAUCAGCAUCGGUGGCAUGACUUGUGGUGCAUGUGUUGCAAGAGUCACACAGGGCCUCCAGGAGCUUUCUUGCGUCAAAGAUGUUGUUGUGGAUCUGCUUUCGAAUAGCGCAAAGGUGGAGUUUGAUGGAAAGGAUAAUCUGGAUGUGAUUCUAGAGGAAAUUGAAGAUUUUGGCUACGAAUCAAAGCCUAUCGACUGCAAUCCUCUCGAAAAAGAGGCUUCGGCAGCGCCUCUGGCCCGCACUGUGAUGAUCCGUGUAGACGGCAUGUUCUGUCAUCACUGCCCUGAGACAGUAUUACAAUCUCUCCACGAACUCGACCAUAGCAUUGAUAUUGUUCAAGGUCCUUCUCAGAUUAUACCAAUCGUCAAAGUUACAUACACACCCGAUACGCCAAAAUUGACCAUACGAAAAAUUGUCUCUGCUAUCGAUUUGUCAAGCCCGGCUUUUAAAGCGAGCAUCUAUCAUCCCCCGUCUAUUGAAGACCGCUCAAGGGAAAUGCAGCUUCGUGAAAGACGACAUUUUCUUUCCCGUCUGCUUUUUGUGUUUAUUGUCGCUAUUCCGACAUUCCUCAUUGGCAUUGUCUUUACGUCUCUCGUCCCUUCUACGACCCGAAUCCGCCAAUACUUGUCUGAUCCAAUCUGGAGCGGAGCCGUGUCACGAAUGGAAUGGGCAAUGUUAAUCAUGACCACUCCAGUGAUGUUUUAUGGGGCAGAUGUUUUCCAUAUUCGCGCUAUGAAAGAGAUUCGGGCUCUAUGGCGCCCUGGCAGUAAAGUGCCGGUCUUACGACGGUUUUACCGGUUUGGAAGCAUGAACCUGCUAAUUUCAGCAGGUACUCUAGUCGCGUACUUAGCAUCGUUGGCUGUGCUUAUAGCUGGUGCUGUAGUGAAGCCAUCCUCUACUCACAGUCUCUCCACCUACUUUGAUACUGUUACCUUCCUUACAUUGUUCAUUCUGGCGGGUCGGUCCCUGGAGGCAUAUAGUAAAUCAAAAACGGGCGAUGCUGUGUCGGCUUUGGGUAGGCUCCGACCGAAUGAGGCCUUAUUAAUGAAAUCGGAAUCGUCGGACUUGGGCGCUAGUCCCACGGAGAGUGAAUCUUCAGAUACAAUCCAGCGUAUUCCCGUCGACUUAUUGGAGGUUGGAGAUAUUGUCAAUAUCCCUCACGGCGCUUCUCCUCCUGCAGACGGCGUGGUUGUGAGCUCCGGAAAAUUCCAAUUUGACGAAAGUUCUUUGACGGGCGAAUCGCGACCAGUCUCGAAAACGACAGGCGACCAACUGUAUUCAGGCUCAGUUAACGUCGGUCAGCAAGUCUCGGUCAGAGUGACGGAACUGGGUGGCACUUCUAUGCUUGAUCAGAUUAUCAAAGUCGUUCGUGAAGGACAAAGCAAACGAGCGCCUAUGGAGCGCAUCGCUGAUGUCCUUGUCGCUUACUUUGUUCCAAUCAUUACAUUAAUCGCCAUUCUCACUUUCGUUAUCUGGCUAUCACUUGGCCAAUCAGGUGCUCUUCCUGUAGGGUAUCUUGAUGAUUCUCUUGGGGGCUGGGCUUUUUGGAGCUUGCAAUUCGCCAUUGCAGUUUUUGUCGUGGCAUGCCCUUGUGGUUUGGCCCUGGCCGCGCCUACGGCCCUCUUUGUUGGAAUUGGGAUGGCAGCACAAAGGGGUAUUCUCGUUAGAGGUGGAGGUGAAGCAUUCCAGGAAGCGACACGGCUCGAUGCAAUUGUCUUUGAUAAAACUGGCACUCUGACGGAAGGCGGAAGCCUCAAGGUCUCUGAACAUGAAGUUCUUGACACUGAUCCAGAAAAGGUCGCGGUAGCCUGGAAACUGGCACACGAGUUAGAACAGACUAGCAAUCACCCUAUUGCCAGGGCUAUUGUUGAAUUCUGCCAGACACGCUCUAGCUCCAGUAUAUCUGUGAAGUCUUCAGAUAUCAUAGAGUUGCCAGGGCAAGGUAUGAAAGGAAACUUCACGUUGUCUACAAGUGGGGAGACAAUCACAUACGAAGCCGCCAUCGGUAAUGAGCGUCUUGUGGAAUCUAUUUCCGACAAGUCCAGCGAAAAUUCAGACUCACAAUCAGGUUCAUACUUUCUCUCCAACCUUCUAUCAACGUAUCAGACCUCGGGAAAAUCUACUGCAGUGCUGCUUCUUCGCAAAAUUUCGAGCCAGUCCUCAUCCCAGUUUUCGCCUGUCCUUGUCUUCGCAACCUCCGAUCCCAUCCGUCCAGAAUCAUCUCACGUCAUCGCCGAACUUCAAAAAUGCAAUAUUGCCGUCUAUAUGUGCACCGGCGACAACGAAAGGACAGCACACGCGGUGGCGUCUGGUCUCGGGAUUCCCCCUUCCAAUGUCGUCGCGAACGUGAUGCCAGCACAAAAGGCAGAAUUUAUACACAAAGUUCAAUCGACCAAUUCAAGUCAGCCUGGUCAAAAGAAAACCAUUGUCGCCUUCGUCGGUGACGGCACAAAUGACUCUCCAGCCCUGGCUGCCUCUGAUGUUAGCAUCGCUAUGUCCUCUGGCUCAGAUGUCGCCAUCUCCACGUCUUCCUUCAUCCUGUUAAAUUCAAACCUCAACACCAUCUUCGAGCUCAUUGUACUCUCGAGACGGGUGUUCAACAGAAUCAAGAUGAAUUUCGUCUGGGCUGCUGUGUAUAAUCUCAUCUUGGUACCGGUGGCGGCGGGCGUGUUUUAUCCCAUUCCCCACGGAACCAACGUCAUCGAACACGGUAGUUUGCACAUGACUGUCGACGGACAUUGGAGGCUAGAUCCAGUGUGGGCGUCGCUGGCCAUGGCAUUGAGUAGUGUAAGCGUGGUGAGCAGCAGUCUGGCGUUGAGGAUUGAGGGCAGAGCUAUUCGCGAGUUUUUCAACCGAUUAAUGAGGAAAAACAGUUUAUAAUCCACGACAGACGUGAUAGAUGAUCACAAUGUCAAUUAUUUUCAGCAUAGCGACACGUUGUUUAAUUCUAAUGUAAUAAAUUGAUAUUAAGAAUGUUGAACAUUCAGAUAUGGAC